AAAUUCUUUAGAUGUUCAGCAGAAUUUCUGUGUCUUUGAGAAAGGUCAAUGCGUGUACGCUAGAUGCCCUUAGGAACGUCAUUGCCRAAAGCUACACACCUACUCCAUCGACGAUAUAUAUCGAUAACAUCUUUGAUAUAAAGGAGUGGCUUGUCCCCCACAUCUAUCCCCUACUAUACCACAGUCAGCCCCAUGCCUUCAGGUUUAAAGAAAAUAAGAAAGGAGAGGUKGAAAUGACAUAUAAGCUGUGGGCUGGCGAACGCGAUAUGCCAUGGGAGCCAAAAACGCCAAUCAUUGUGUUGGAUAGGUUGCCACCGGGUACGCCAAGUGUAGCCGUUCCAGUUAAUGAUAGCAGGAAUUGCCCUGAGCCUGAUCAAAUGGAAAAAUCACUUAAACACCUUGAGGUAAGAUUGAGUAAUGCAGAAAUCAAGUGGUGGAAGAGUUUCAUUGCCCAAGAAAGACGCAAUCGUGCAACCUGGGAAAACAUGACAGAAACGGACUAUAAAGACGCGGGGAAGUGUUUCACCGUUGCRCCCCWGGAGUACUCUGACUAUAUUGCGAYCGAAGAGAGUGAUGAUGAAGACCUGCUUAGAACAGAGCAGAACAUCCGCAAGCUGUUCSCUAAAAGCUCUACAAUGAGACCGAUUGUCCGGCUCAAACUGGGAGGUCUUGCUAAAAGACAAAAACGCAAAAGAGAAAACAAAGGAAAUCGAGCAGAAAAGGCGGUAAAAACAACAAAGUCAUAA